CCAUUCGUGAGAUGUGUUUAAAAGAAUCCUCUAUGCCCUCUUGUUUAGACAAUAAAGAGUUUGCAGCACUUAAAGCCUUCUGUCAACUUCUUAAGCCAUUUGAAAGUGCCAUAUUAAUGCUUUCAAAAGAACAAUCUAAUUCAAUUUCUGAUGCAAUUAUGUUGGAGCAUUUAAAAGCAACGUUAAUUGAAGUCAGUAGAUAUAGUAAAAAUAAAGUAGAUCUGUUUGUUAAUAAUAUUCAAAAAAAGAUUAUUUCUUAUGAAACAAAAUAUACAAAUACAGAACCUCUAAAUAUUGAAGUUUCUGUAACUAUUAAUAUUAAUAAUGAGUUUAUAUACAAUUUUUUAUUUCCUAAAAGAAUUUCAAAAAAAAGAAAAUACAAUAAAAACUCGAUUGAAUCCAAAUUAGAAUUAUAUGAAGAUGAGUUACUUGAAGAUUUUACAAAUAACAUUAAAAAAAAAGAAAAUAAUAGAAUACUAUUUUGGAAAUUAUUAUCAAAAAGUUUUCUAAUACUUAGUAAAAUAGCAUGCAAUUAUCUAAGUAUUAAACCUUCAAGUGUCUCUAGUGAAAGGGCAUUUUCAAGAGUGGGUUUUACAAUCACUAAUGAUAAAGCAACUAUCAGUGAAAAAACUGUUUCUAACAUGAUACUUAUGCAUUCAUGA